AUGGCAAUGGCUGAUAGAAGACCGCUCGGAAAUGGUUUCCCAGUCACAUCAUCCACGCCUGCUUCGCCCUCGUUCAACCCGAAGGGCUUAAGUCUGGGAGUCUUAUCUUCCAGCAACUCGCUGGUGAGUUCUCCUUCAGUUCUGAUGAACUCUCCAGUUACCACGUCCACCGAUGCUAGUGCUGUCACAAGCAACGUUGACUUGGACAUGGCCCCCAACAACUACCCAUUCAAAUCGAAAGUAAAUGACCUCAAGUCAAGAUAUUCUGAUUCGGAUGGGAAACCUUUGACUCCUGAGAAGAGUUUAAGUCCUGUUGAAUUGUCUCCCACCCUGAGAAGCAUCUCUCCAGAUUCUUUGAUGAAUGAGAGGCAACCACAACAACAACAGCAACAGCAGCAACAAAUGAGUUCUUCUGGAUAUAUUAAAAAGCCAAAGAACUCUUCUCGUGCUCCAAUUGCUACUGGGAUUUCGACAACCAUCCCAGUCACUGGUGAAAAGCCUAAGCCAGAACAGAAGAAUGACGCCUCGUUGCAGGACGACGUCUUGUACGCUAUCUUCUUAAUCUUGUACGAAAAGGACGCUGAAGGCCUAGGCAUGACUGUCAAGCAAAUCUGUGACACUUUAGUAGAACGUCACCCAGAAAUGGCCAAUCUUUCCACGAAGACUUCCAACUUGGUUAGUGCCAAGUUGAACGCCUACGUGAAAAGGGUGGAAAAGGGUGACUCGAACUUGAAGUAUGCUUUAUCGAGAGAUUGGGCAGACGCUUCUCCAAAGAGAAUGGUCUACGUUUAUCGUGGGUUGUUGACUGAGGAUUUCCAUUUGCAUGUGAAGAAUGUAAUGAAGCAACAACAGCAACAGCAAAUUCAACAUGGACAACUCCAAGGAAAUCAACAAGGACAACCUCAGCAAGGACAAUAUCAGCAAGAAAACUCAAUAAGCCAAGCUGGCAACCAAAACAUUAGUAACGACAUCAAAAAAUUCAACUCUAUGGUUUCUGCUGCAGGCAACUCUGGUAGCUCUAGUAUCAAGGCUCGUAGACAAACAAUGUUUGAUUUGGGUGUGACUAAAAACACAUUCUUGGACACUCCAAUUGAUAAAUCAAACUUGUUUGUCCCUUAUUCCUCAGCUCCAGUUACUGCUAGUUUAUCUGGUGAAGCAUCCAAGAAUAAUACUGACUACGAUUCUGAAUAUUCUUCUUCUUCCAGUGGUAUUAGAAAUGGGUUAAAUGAUGUUCACAUUAGCUCUACUGACAACAACAAUGUUGUAGUCAGUGGUGGUGAUGUUACUGAUGCUGACGCUGAUAAUGGUUCUGAUAUUGAUUUUGAAGAUUUUGAAGUGUUUGACGACGAUGACGAUGAUUUAAUCGAUAUCGAAUCGUUCAAGACCUUUAACAAGGCCAAACGUUCCAAAUCUUUAUCAUACUUGACCAUGGGGAAGAAAUCGAAGAUUCUUACAGCUGCUGCUGCAGCCCCAAGAGCCUCCAGAUCUCCAAGCUCACAUAGUCCUAAUGCAGCAGCAGCUGCUGCAGCACUUCACGCAGCUGCUAUUAAGGCUAUGCUACCAUUAUCAUUCAGCCAAAGCACUGAUUUGGGAAUGAAAUCUGGCUCCAUCCACAAUAAGAAGUGGUUAAAUGUCGUGAGAAGCGGAUUUAUGACUCAAGAUAUUGGGACCCCAGAGGAUAUUAGUUUAUCAGAUUUAGAUAAAUUCUUCACCUAA